AUGGUCCGAGCUUUUUCUACCCAAAAAACAAUGCAGAAGACGAAAUCUUUCCAGUUGAAACGGAUGUUUGAGUUCCAAGAUGGGAGACAUGUACCGGAUUUGAUCUUCGACCACGAUGUGAAUGAAGAUGAACAAUUAUUAAGUCCUGCUGCAGAUGAGCCCCAGUUGGAGAUCAAGCACCAAGCCGAAAAGAUAGCAAGUCCUAAGCGCAACGGACCUUCAGAUAUGGAAUUAAUGAAGGAAAGGUUUUCGAAGCUGCUUUUGGGUGAAGACAUGUCAGGUGGUGGAAAGGGUGUCUCUUCAGCCUUGGCUUUAUCAAACGCCAUAACAAAUCUAGCAGCAUCUGUUUUUGGAGAAACAAGGAAGCUAGAGCCCAUGUCUCCUGAUAGGAAAGCGAGAUGGGUGAAAGAAAUUGGCUGGCUUCUGUCUGUGACUGAUCACAUUGUUGAAUUUGUCCCUUCACAACAAAAUGGAACAAACAUGGAGAUAAUGGUGACUCAACAAAGGAAGGAUCUGCACAUGGACAUUCCUGCCUUACGCAAGCUUGACGCCAUGCUUCUUGGCCACCUGGAGAGUUUUGCAAACCCAAGUGAGUUCUGGUAUGUGAAAAGAGAUGCCCAAGAUGAUGAGAAAGAGAGCAAACCACAGAGAAAUGAUGAAAAAUGGUGGUUACCAACUGUCAAAGUCCCAUCAGAAGGUUUAUCGGAUGAGUGUCGUAAAUGGCUGCAGUUUCAGAAGGAGUCUGUCAACCAAGUGCUAAAAGCAGCAAUGGCAAUCAAUGCUCAAGUACUAUCAGAAAUGGAUGUACCUGAAAACUAUAUUGAAUCUCUUCCCAAGAAUGGUAGAGCUAGCUUGGGUGAUACAAUCUACAAGAGCAUAACUGAGGACCAGUUUGACCCUCUAGAAUUUCUAAUGAGCAUGGACUUGUCCUCAGAGCACAAAGUGCUAGACCUCAAAGACAGGAUUGAGGCCUCCAUUGUGAUUUGGAAGAGGAAGAUGAACCACAAGGAUGGAAAGUCUUCAUGGAGUUCUGGGGUGAGUUUCGAGAAGAGGGAACGGUUUGAAGAGAGGGCAGAGACCAUCUUACUCAUAAUCAAACAAAAGUUCCCAGGAAUUCCCCAAUCUGCACUUGACAUAAGUAAAAUCCAAUACAAUAAGGAUGUAGGGUAUGCUAUCCUGGAGAGCUAUUCAAGGGUAAUAGAAAGCUUGGCUUUUAAUGUCAUGUCAAUGAUAGAUGAUGUCCUAUAUGCUGAUAAGAAGACGCGAAUGGAGAGAUCAAACAGGAGGCUUUCGGUGGAUUCAUAUGCCUCAGAAGAUCCUGACAGGUUGAGUUGUACAGGGACACCGAGUUCGAAGACAUUGUUUGAGUUCAUGGGAUGGAAUCAAGAUGUAGACGAGAAUAACAAGGAAAGCUAUAGCUAUAAAGAAGACGGUGAUAAGAUGAUGAGCAAACCACCACCUGCUGUAAGCACCAAGAGAUUUUCAUAUUUAGAGAAGCUAGAGAAGUUGAGUGGUCUAAGAAGUCCAACAGCUCGCCAUUGA